AUGAAAUUCCAAUUAAAGCCUACCCCCUUGGAAAACAUCGUUGGUGAGUCUAUAGCUGGAGUACUUCCAGACUACGGCAAACCCUGGUACAAAGUGAGACAUUUGCUAGUACUCAAUAUUCUCUUAUUGGUACCACUACUUUCAGCAGCUGUCAACGGCUAUGACGGCUCCUUGAUGAACGGUCUUCAGUCUAUGGAGGAAUGGAGGGAGUACUUUGGGUAUCCUCGUGGAAAAAUGUUAGGAUUUGUCAAUGCUGCUCAGAGCGUUGGAGGUGUAGUAGUGCUUCCUUUUGGUGGCUACCUUUCAGACACAUUGGGAAGAAAAUGGACUUUGGUGAUUGGCCUUCUGGGUAUAGUGCUAGCUACCAUCAUACAAGCCACCAGCAUUAACAUUGGCCAGCUUAUUGCCUCCAGGUUUAUUGUUGGAAUUGCAGGAUUACUAGCAGCACAACCAGCGCCAUUGCUUGUUGCAGAAUUGGCUUAUCCGACUUUCAGAGGAAAAGUCACAAGCUUGUACUGGGCAUCCUACUAUAUAGGUGCCAUUUUGGCUUCCUGGCUGUGUUUUGGAUGCACAGGUAGAGGUGAUACCUGGACAUGGCGUAUUCCUACUAUUCUCCAGGCGGCCUUCCCCAUUAUCCAGCUUUUGUUUUUGUACUUUGUGCCUGAAAGCCCAAGAUGGCUUGUAUCAAGAGGAAAGGUCGAUGAGGCCAAGACCAUUUUGGUGAAAUAUCACGCUGGUGGUGACGAGAAAAGCCAGCUUGUGGAGACGGAAAUGCUCGAAAUCUCGAAUGCCUUGGAAAUGGAGAAACAAGCUGACCAGACCUCAUGGAAGGCUUUUAUAGCUACUCCAGGAAACAGAAGACGUACAUUUAUUGCGUUGACUUUGGGUGUGAUUUCCCAAUGGAGUGGUAAUGCUGUGGUAUCCUACUAUUUCACCUUGGUGCUUGACACCAUUGGCAUUACAUCCUCGUCGAUGCAGACAAUGAUCAACGGGUUUUUGCAAAUCUUCAAUCUUGUUUUUGCAACACUUGCGGCCUUAAUGGUGGACUUCCUCGGAAGAAGGUUCCUCUUCUUGUGGUCCGGAAUCGGAAUGCUUAUUUCGUAUAUCAUCUGGACGAUCUUUUCGGCGAUAUUCGAACAAACCAAGUCUGUUGCAGCUGGACGAACGGUGGUUGGUUUUAUCUUCAUUUUCUUCUUCCACUACGAUAUCGCUUAUACCCCGUUGCUUCUUGCUUAUCCCACGGAAAUCUUCCCAUACUCGAUGCGUUCCAAGGGUGUAACGAUUGUUCUUGUCAUGGUCAAUGCUUCGUUGAUUAUUUCGGCAUUCUGCAACUCCAUUGCCUUGGAUAAUAUCGGAUGGCGCUACUACAUUGUGUUCUGUGUCAUUCUCUUGUUUGUGGUGCUCAAUACUUACUUCUUUUACCCCGAGACGAAGGGCUACUCUUUGGAGGAAAUUGCUGUUUUGUUCGAUGGAGAAGCGAAGGUGGAUCCAGAAGCUUUGGAGGAUAUGGAUGACUCGGAUGCCCUUCUGAACUUGGAAAAGCCUGUUCAGGUGCAGCAUUUGGAGAAUACCAGCCGGGAUAGCUAG